CACGGUGGCACAAUUGAUUAAUCACCUUGGAUCCGGUGCCACUGGGCGCAAGGCAUACAAAUGAAGUCUUGCCAGUCCAGUGGGCACUCAGUACGUACUCAGUGUUGGACCUCCGUGAGGCACCUUGUGGCCGGCUUACUAUAUCUAUCAUCGACUAACUGGACGCUGCAGGCGCCCAACUCGCAAGGACACUUAGCACGCAACCUUCUUUUCCUGAACACGCACAUCAAUCAAUUUGCAAGUCAUGUCUACUCGAGGAGACCUCGAACGAGCAGACCCCGGGCCCAGUUUCGAUGGUCAACGUGAUGAACAAGUCCGCGGAAAAACUCAAAAGGAUGCACAAACAACUACAGGAGAUGAUUCGGCGCUUGUGGCAGCAUGGAUGCAACGACUCCAGACACUUACUGUUAUAACGACAUUUCUUGCUUCUAUCGACGGAGAGCUCUUCACCCUUACCUCCACACCGUCGCAGGUGACGCUUAAUGCAAGCAAGGGAUCUGUGGAACUCGUGUAUGCAUGUUUUACUGGUGCCCUCGUUUUCCAUGUCUGUUCUUGUGAGUACCGAGAUGGUCGGGGAAGCGUGAGGCACUUACAGCUUGCGUUAGCAAUUCUGGGAUACGCGGCAUCUUUUGCUCUCAUUCGAUACCAGAUCGUUGAUGCAGAAACCCCUCCCGUGGCAACCGACGAGCUGGGAAAACGUUCUAGUACUUGCCAGGAAAACAUUCAUGGAAAGCAGCUCUUACUUAGAGCCACCCCUCCUUUGUAUGCUGUACAGUCCCUUCUUCAGUUACCCUCGGGGUUCCGGCUUCAAUCCAGGACGUCCUCUCCCCCACUCGAUCUCCUGACUCGGUGCUAUUUUACGAUCUUGGCGCUAAGUGGUGCCGGCUUUCUCUUGGCACUUCUUGGUAUCGCUACUUACGCAUGGUUUGGACUGCAGCGGGUUGUUGGGAUAUUCACAAUAGCCUGUCUAGGUGCUAGUUUGUUGUCAUGUUUGUGGGCGGUGGUGUACUGAAC